AUGGUGCUUCUCCUGGAAAACCUGUGGUCGGGGACCGGCGUUGCAUUAUGCACAUGGUACUCCGACUGUGCAGGAGAGCCAGGCACGGGCAGAGAGGAGCAAUACAGUCUGGCCUACUCCGUACAUGGAGCGAGACCUCAGACAAAGAGACCGCCUGACUCUCCAGGUAAGGCAGCUAGGGUAGGCACGCUCCAGCAACGCCCGACGGCCUGA